AUGCUAAUACCAACAGUUAAAUCAGAAAUACGUUCACGCGGUGCAAAUAGUGUUAAUACAAACAAAAAUAAACAUGAAAGCCAUUUAUCAAACAAAUUAACAGACAAUGGUGAUGGUACAGCAUCAUCAGCAUCUACAGGCUCAUCGUCCGCAACAUCAACCUCAUCAUCGUCAUCAUCAGCAACAACUUCCUCUCAUGUUAAUACGGAUUUUGUCGAUAAACUUUCUUGGAAGUGUGCCAAUAAUGCCAGUUGUUUGUAUUCCUUGGCCAGUGGCAUUUUAAGCUCAUAUCGUCGUGGUGAAACGGUUAAAUUUGGCUUUUUAGAUUUGGUGAAAUUACCAACAUCGUCGACCCACAAAACAAAAUCUAAAUUAAAUUCAAAGCCAGCUGAAACCGGUCGUAGUAUGUCGACAUUUGUUGACUUCAUCAGUGGCAAUGCCAUUCGUAUACCGGUUGGUCCCAUGGUCUUCAGUGUACAACGUGCUGAAGAUGAUGACAAUUACAUUGAAGUGGCUCUAUUAAAAAAAGCUAGAAGUAGUACAGCUCGUCUGGGUGGUGGAGGUGGCGAUAGUGGCGGUCUAUUAAGUGGUGGAGGCGGAGGAGGAGGUGGAGGCCAUGGGCAUGGUAUUAUACAACGCAUUAAGGAGAACAAGGAUAAGGAUGAUAAGAAACAAAUGCAAAUGUAUAUACCCAUGUAUUUGGCUGCUACUACGUUUGGUUGGACUAUGGUGGCAGCCAAAGCGGUUGGAUUAUUAACACUCAAGGCCCUGGCCAUAUCGAAGAUAGCAUUUGUGGUGGCCGCUAUGGUUCUAAUGAAAAAACUUAUGGAAAAUGCAUCGGAAAAAAUGAUGUAUCAAUAUCCGGAACAAUCGCCUUAUAUGAUGCCUUAUAGCAUGGAUUACGGCAUGCAUUCAAUGGCUGGAGCUCCUCCUGAUAUGGCUGCUGCAGCAGACAUGUAUGGUGGCGGUAUGCCCAUGCAUUCGGCUGUAGCACCCAUGCAGGCACAUCAGGGACAUCCGGGCUAUGAGCAUUUAACAGCCGAAAGUACGAUUCAUCAAAAUAUAGCGGAUAUUCAAAAUAACACACAGGUGCUGGCAGCGUUAAAUGCAGUGGGCUUAGGUCAAAAAGUUAAACGUGAAGACUCCUGGCUGGCCAGAAAACCCCUUAAGCACAUUGCACCUACUACUGCACAAUUAUCGCACAAAAAUUUACCUCCAUAUAGUAUAGCAAAACAAAAAAUCUAUUUAAAUGAGUUAAAAUCUUAUGAUGAUUUUAUCACAGUGGCAGCAGUAGCAGCUGCUGAGGUGGUGGUGGAGGAAAAUGAAAAGCGUCUAAAAUUUAAAUCGGAUUUCUUUGGUGAAGACAACGACGACGACGAGGAUGAAGAAGAGGAUAAAAUUUUUAAUAGCGAAGAAAGUAUUAGAGAAACAUUGCAAUUUUUGGCUGGAAAUGUGGCACGAAGGCCAAUGGUUUACAACUAUUUAAAUCCACAUGCUGCAUAUUAUAGACAGUAAAAAGAGUAAUAUUUAAACACAACAA